GCCGACAAUUCAUGCAGAUGUGGUGUGGGUCUUCAGCAACAUUUUAUGCGAAGUAGGUACGAAAAAUAAAUAUCUUGAUUUAGCAAUUUUUGAAAUAGCAGAUUGCCUCCUCGCUCCACUAACUUCCGUGGCAACGACGCCGGUGCAAGGAAUGGCCUUCAGAAAGACUGAACUGCAGUGUUCACCUUUGCAGGCGGUAACCGGUAAAAUUUACCGCUUGAAGCAACACUUCUUACCGCCUGCAACCGCUUGAAGUGUUACUAAAAUUAAAUACACUGUAAGUUGCUUUAAAAAAUACGCAAGUUGUGGUUCUAGCCGAUCCACACAAGAAAAGGAAGUAUAUACGGAAAAAAAGAAGUCAAAGAAGUAUGCACAUCUAUUCUCAGUGAUUACUUUAUUUAACCCUCGGGGGGGGUGGAUGGAACCCUUCCCCCGGAGUUUUCAAUAUGUUGUAGUAUUUCGAAACGAUUUUACCUUAAGUGGAAAGACCUUGAUCUUCUAAACAAGAUGAGGUAUGUUUUAAGGGUGAUAGCGCUGCCGGAGGCGUGUGACGUGACCAACAAUAGUCGCCAUCUUGGAUUUUACCAAGAAUUAGAAAUCAGGUUAAAAUCGCCAGAAAUGGUGAUUUUUUGUUCUUUACAAGGAAAAUAAGACAUAAAUAAGAACUUUGCAUGAUUUUAGCCCCAACAUGUUGCUGUUAUUGUUGAAAGACGUUGAAAAAACAUGUAUAUUCACCCAAAAAUGGCUUGACCACCUGCUACUUAUGACGUCUUAUCUCGUAACCAUAGCAACUGACCACCACUAAACGUGACUCAAAAUGUGUGCCAGGGAUAAACCAACAGCUACUGAAAACAUCAGGUGCUGAUAUUUUAUCCUCUAUUAGAAAACUCAGAAAAACAUUAGGGGGUGCGCCCCCUCCCUUCCUUGUACGUCCGAGGGUUAAAUGCUGACUGGUACCUUUCAAAUCACUGCAGGCUUACAAUUUCUUUUCGUAGGUUUCUGUCCCAAAUCAGCCUUCAUUCGUGAAAUUCUUUGUUUUGAGUUGUUUAAAAUACUUUUCGAUGAACUGGUUAACAGGAUGCUCGAAAAUAAAAGCCUUCAUGCACGCUAACACUGCCUGGAGAGCACACCUGUGGCGCACAUUUUUGGCCUUACCAGUUAACAAUGGUCCCUUACCUGCAGAGCUAAAAUUUAGGGAGACCACUACCUUUGUAAUAUCAAGCUAGUUUUGUAAUAUUAUGAAUUUUUGCGUUCGAGGUACGAGAACGGAACCCCUAAUUUGUGUUAGUGUUCUGUAAUAAAGGAUUAAAUUAACUGUAAAAACCGUGGAUGAAAAUCCUGCUAGUUGUAAACUUUGGAUCUCGAGGAAAGAGAUCUGAUCAGCCAAAAUAUAAAGAACCAAGAACGAGAAGUCCAAAGACUACUGCAAAGCUGAUUUAAAACAACUUGUAUUGUUUUUUAUAUAACAAUAUUUCGGCUGGCCAGUGUUCUGUGCAUUAUUGAGUGUCCUGUGCAAUUAAUAACCGAGGUUUUUGAGAGAUUGCAUUUGUUUUGACACACAUUUACGUCGUUUUGAGGCGAUUGCUUACGUUUUGCUUCACUUUGACGCGCUAACUCACGUGGUCAUUCACGUGUCCUCGGGGUUCAUCUUCCAAACGUUUGCUGUGGUCUGCUAUUUGUCUUCGUAAAGUGUACAUAUUUCAAUGGUUUGCUGUAGGUCUACUAUCGAUCUUUGUUUGUUGAAUCUUCUAAAGCGUUCAACACCCCGGGUAAAAUUUUACUUUGGAUUAAGCCUUUAUAUUUUUCAGCAUGGUUCGUGGAAAAUAAAAAAUAAAUAAAUUGAUAAAUACACCCAACACACACCAUGUGGGUAACAUUAAAGACAGUCGCUUUCGCAUCACUUCACCGCGCAGCGUUUGCGAAGUUGGGAAAUUGGGUACUACGUUACGAAGUAGCCAAUACAGAAUCAACUUGCGAACUUCACUCAAAACGUAGUUGUCAACUUUGGCGCGACUGAACUUCGAAACUUCUUAUCUUUAUUUGAAACCGGGGGGGGGGGGUACUCCCUUAUAUAAGCCAUAUAGGUAUGUGCCGCCCUAAAGGGUAGGGUUUUUUGGCCGUUUUGGUGUGAAAACGAGUGUAGACUUUUGGUCUGGAAUCGGGUAUAGUUUACUUGGGAACUAUGGGAGUGUGCGAACGUAUUUAUCGUUUCAAUUCCAAAUGAGUUUAGAAAGAAAGAAAGAAAGAAAGAGAAAAAUGAGAAUUCGAAAUGGCAUUAAGACAUCUUUUUUGUUGCUGUUCUAAUCUAAGCAAUAAUUACAUAAUUACUUUUAUUAUAUGGAGAAGAGUGUUUUACAGGGAACUAAACCACUCGUAGAUUCCAUACGCCACUUCAUCCGGGACCUGAGUGGCCUAUUUUCCGUAUGUCACCUUUGUGAGUGUCGUACGUUCAAUGACGUCACGAUUCCCGCCUUUAGCUUUUGUUGAAUUGGCUUCUCUCGUCGCGUUUGUUGUUUAGAAUAAAAGCAUGGCGAGUAGGGUUGCGUCUAUCAGCGACGAAGAAGUUAAAGAGUUUACAGAAAAACUUGAAAACGAGAACACGAAGAAGAAAACCUUGUACAACAUAAAAGUUUUCAAAGAAUAUCUUGACGCCUGUGACGAGAAAAGGGAAAUUGAAGAUAUUACGCCCGUGGAACUGCAAGAAAUCAUCAAAAAAUUUGUUCUUGCUGUGCGAAAGAAAAAUGGUGAAGAAUACGAACCCUCGUCCCUCUGAGCGUUUAUCCAAAGCAUCGACCGGCAUCUUCGCAAAAACAACUAUGGAUUCUCCGUGCUCAACGACAAGGAAUUUCUCGAAGUGCAAGAUAUUUUAAAGAAGAAACAAAAGCAGCUGAAAUCCAUCGGGAAAGGAAACCGGCCUAAUCAGGGCGGAUAAAGGUUGGGCGGUGAAACGAGCGCGUCCGAGCAAAAAGGUGUAAUGCAAUGGACUGGGACUAUGCUUAGAAAUGUCGCUUGUUUUCGACUUCCGUUAGGGCUUGCGAUGUGGUUUGUCCAUUAGACACUGCCGCUGUCACUGAAUUAUGGCGGCUUGAUUUGUUUUCUUGCACUUCUUCCUCGUUUCUUUGUGCUGGCACGUUGUCUCUGAGAGUCAAAUGUUGCUAUUUUUUGCGGGAGGUUUAAUUGGAGUAGACAAACAUCUUUUUCAAAGGGUUUCUCUCAUGACUCUACAACUGAAUUAUAUUUUCGUUCUACUAUUCGCCAAUGUCGAUCUUAUUCCAAAACAAAAACAACUAAGUACUGUCUAAAACACGAAGGAAAAUCUCAUCCAUGUCAUCCAUGGAAAACCUAAAAGACAACAGAUCGUGUUUCAGAACUAGAUGACGUGUAUUUUAUAAAUGCGUGCAGCUCGUGCAAGGUGAAAUUAUGCUAAUUUCAAUCACCAUCAUCCUUGUUUUUAAUUUUGAAAAAAACGUCUCAUACGUCUUUCUGUUUCUUCGAAACUUCAAAAUUAGUUUCCCCUCAGUUUUUACCGUUUACCUUCUUUUGUUUUAGAGAGAAAAACGGAGAAAAAACCUUACAACUAACCUCAAUAAAUUUUGUUUACAUGCGGUUGCCGGAUUUGCGACGCAAUGCGCGAAUCGCCAUGGCGCGUUGCACCCGAGAAGCAAAGUUUGAAGCAGUACAACGCCACUAUAUCAAAAUAUAUCAAUCUAAUUUUUUGUUAUCUUAUAUAAAAUUUAUCCCCCUUUAACAUAUGUAAAAACUGAGGUUAAGAAGUGUUAAGCUUGUGCAAACGAAACCGCGAAAGACGAUUAGGUGAUAUUUAGUGGAAGGAGGAGGUAUUCAACACUUUCAAAUUAAACUCAAAUUUUGGCAUUAUACGACCAGCAAGUUUGACUUAUAGGCAUACAGACACAAACAUAUGAAACUGCUUAUUGAUAUUGUUAUGAAACGAAUUUAUCUAUUUAACAUUGUAGCCUGAAAUUACAGAAAGAAAAUAGGAUUUCCGGUUUGCAAAAAGGAAAAUUUCGCCGGCCUUCAAGCGCACCGGAAGCGCGGAAAGAGCGCUCGCGCCAGUCCUACUCCGCAUCACACAUUAAAUGAAGAGCGGAGCGCUCGUUUCACCGCCCAACAUUUAUCCGCCCUGGGCCUAAUGCAGCAGACCCGCUGUCAGAUGAAGACAUUGACACUUUUUACAGCCGCAAAGUCCUAGGAAUUCACUCUCCUAGAGCUCUAUUAAAUACCCUCUGGAUGAACAACUGUACAUUCUUCGGUAUGAGGCCAGGAAAAGAGUAGAGAGACCUUUGCUGGGGCGAUUUGCAAUUAAAAACAGAUUCGGAGGGAAACUGCUUCAUCGAGUUUAACAUUGAAAGACAAACGAAAAAGCGUACCGGCGAAAACCCUCGAAAUAUUAGAGAGAAGAAACCUAAAAUGUACGAAGACAAGAGUAACGCAGAUCGCUGCCCCGUCAACACCUACAUGGCUUACAAAGAGCACCGGCCCACAAGCAUGAUGACCGAUGAAUCUCCUUUCUAUCUUGCAGUUAAUAACGAAAACCCGAAACCUGGUCAAAUGUGGUUCAAAUGCUCUCUGCUUGGAGUCAACUCCUUGAGAAGCAUGCUCAAGAACAUGAUAAGAGAUUCGGGCCUAGAAACAGAUAAAAAACUUGUAAAUCACAGCACAAGAAAGCAUUUGGUUCAGAAGCUGGUUGAUAAUGACAUACCGCCAAACGAAAUCAUUCAGAUCACUGGACAUAAAAACGUUAACUCUUUAAACAACUACUCAUCUUUAUCCGACAACAAACAGCAGCAGAUUUUCGCUGUGUUGUCUAAUGCUGCCAGUACCAGCCAAAGCUUGUCAGCCGUAUCCGAUUGAAGAGAACACUAAAGCGGAAAGCUUUUUAUCGGGUCCAACUUCGGGAAGUUUAUUUCAAAAUUGCCAAAUCGCAACGGUAAAUGUCCAAGUUUAUCAGUCCGGUCGAACUGAAAAGUCUUCAAAGAUUCGUUGUGAAAAGAAACUGAAAAUCACUGUAUCUGAUGAUUCAAGUCAAAGUCAGUAAUUUUUUCAGUAUUUACGUGUAAUAUUAGCUCACAGAAUUUUGCUUGAUAGGGUUUAGUGUUUCUAUAUACUUGGCACCAAGUACUUUUGUAUUUUCUGUUUGCUAUAAAGCCCAACCGUAUUUGUAAAACUUGACUACCUUGAAACACAAUAAAAUCGGAAAUAUUCAGUAUUUAGUCUCCAUAUAAUAAAAAGAACAUUACACGUUGGCUCGAAGAUGACAUUAUUUGGUCUGAAAUACGGUCAGGAUUUGGAGAACCGGGUGGCACACCCCCACCAAGAAUUCCCAGGAGUACCCCCCGGGCUUUGAAAGCAGUAAACUAUUUGCAAAGUGCUGAAACCGAAUCCUUUUACUAAACAGGGCAAGGUGUUACCGUGUGAGGUCCGUGACAUGAUAGUUUGAAAAAUGGUUAGAGGGUUCGAAACCAUUCAAAAAUCAAAAUAGCGCAGAAGUUUAAUUACCGAGAAAGACAGUGAGAAAAAUUGUCGAUCAGCUUCUUACGUACAGGGAGCGCUCAGCCUGGAGUUGGUGGGAACAGAGGAACAGCAAUGACAGACGAUGCUAUAUUGCAGAUUUCUUAAGAGUUGGUUUAUACGCAAGAACUCGGAACUUACAGAACGUUACACUGAAUUCGAAGUGGCAAUUUACAAUGCCCAGAGCAGAAUAAAUCCGUUCAUGUCACGGAAUUUCUUCAAGCACUGUGGCUAUAACGACUGAUAAAUUUGCGAACUUCCGAGCGAUUUAGGUUGUAAAUUUUGAGUUUUCAUUUGUUUGUCAAGAAAUAUUUCGAGUAUUCCAUCCAGUUGCCUGUAGUUGUUUUCUCAACGGAGUUGCUAAUAAAUGAGUUCAGUUUGCCGUUCCCAGUUUAUAGCAAACUCGUACCCAGUCGCUAUUUAAGUGUUUUUUGGGGUGACAGAAGAUUGGGGAUUAGGUUCCUUCUUCCUUUUCCAUGAGACCUCGCGCGCGCCUCAACCUAAUCCCCAAUCUUCUCUCACCCCAAAAAACACUUAAGUAACGACUGGGUACGAGUCUGAGUUUAUAGUACAAUUUAUGUCUCCUCAGGGAGCAGCAAAGGUUAGAGAAUUUGAGAAGAAACGUCAACCGAAAUCUUCGAAACCGUCUCAGGAAGAGCAAUUAACCAUAUCUAUUCUUAGUAACCUAAAUACUUUGCCUUCGGAAAGAGACGCCUGAAUCACUCUGUCACGUAACGCAUAACUUCCAAUGUAUUUUCUCCAAAAAGGUAUUGUCGAGGUGUUUUUUGCAAAAAUUUACAAAAAAAUGCUCUUUCCAUAUCCUUGAAUUGUUACGGUUUAUUGCUAUGCAACGGUUCUACUUGUUCUUGACUGUGAAGGUUAGGUCUUUAUUUACGACCUGUCUACAAAGAUUUUAAUCACAGGUACCCCAAGCUCGCGAGUGAGAAUCGCUGGAGGUUAUAUAUAACGAAGAACGGUAGUAGUAUUGAAGAUAGCGGUUCUGUUACACCCUGUCCCGGGGCUCCGCCCCAAGCAGCCUCGCUCUGCUCGGCAGCUCGGGCCGGGCGCCUCCGGGACAGGGUGCAGACAGAACCGCUAUCUUCAAUACUAACCUCGUGAACCGGCAUUGUGGCCAGCGGUCAAAAAAUCAAAACAAACAGCGACCCGAGUGUAAACCGGUCGAAACCGGAACCCUUUAAGAGGAGCGCAGGCAGAUACUGUCUCGACAACCACAACGAAGCGCCUGUCACAGAGACGCUGCUUCGCAGAAACCCCGCACGCUUGAAAGGCAGCCUAAAAAAAUCAAAACAAACAGCGAACCGAGUGUCACAGAAUCUUUACUUCGAACUGUUGCUUGACUCGGUUUGUCUGCACACGCAGAAGCGGAUUCACCCUGGCAAUAAAUUUGGGCAGUUACAAUCCCGGACAAAACUACUUGAGAAAGUUUUCCCCAUCAUGUCCACUUUCCUACGCAACAAAACUAUUUCCAAAACGACGCCUUUGCAGGAAGAAAACCCCUUCCCCCAAUUCAAUGUUGCUUCCCACAAACGCCCAGGGAUCAGGUUUUCUUUUAAAUACACAACAACACUGCUCUCAGGGGAAGGGGGAGAGGGAAGAACAGGUACAGCCACGAUUUUUAGAAAAAUGCUGUCCAAGUAUACAAUUUUCUCAACAGUUUUGUCCAAGAUUGUGUACAAGUUGAUUCGCGUUUUCUCACAAGAAUAUUUGCAAGGACAAAACAAAAACAUGCUAAUAAAAAGCACUUUACAGCAGCUGUUUUGAGUACAAAGUUUCACACCAGACCAUCUUCUCAUAGAAAAGCAAGACCUCAUAUACGUUUUUUGCAGCACCCUCUUUAACACUGUCAGAUUUCGCAAUCAGGCCGUGCAACGCGUGCUAAUUGUUACAUAUUUUCCUGUAGUUCCGGAAUGGAAAGCUCGGAAAAUGUGAAAAGCAAUUUAUCUUUUUCAGAAGAGUGUGAAAAAGACUUGUAUGGCGGUUCUCUUCAAAGAAAAGGAGUUCGUAGUGUUUAUUUAGGGACAUAAUAGUCAAUGCGAUAUGGAACUGUUUUCCGUCACGUGGAAAUUGCUUCUCAGAGCUUAUAAUUGGUUAAACUAUGGGUGUUACAGAAACUUUGUUCGUUAAAAGUCGGUUAACUUUUUAUGGUAAUUCCAUGGAUAGAAUAAUAUUACGAUUAACAAAGCAUUGAAACGGUUAACACCAUUUCGUUUUCAAUAGAGAAUGACCUUCUGAUUCUUAUUAAACUUCCCUGUUAAUCGUUGUUAACCGUUGCUAAUCUUCGCAGCCGCUCAAAAAUGUCCUGUUAAUCGUUCCGACUUGCAGAUAUUGUGGAGAGGAAAAGAUUAGAAGUCGACUAUGGCAACUUUUAUCAUGCCUUGGUUCACAAAUUAUCAAUGUAGGUCAUAAUUUUUUCCAGUCAUAUGUAACCCGAAGACAAAAUGUGCACAUUUACAGGUCACGCGAUAGUACAUCUUGUCACGUUAUCGCGCGUGACAUUUCUAGAUUUCAUAGUGUGUUUCUUUGGACUGGAUAUCGCUACAGUUUAAAAAGUAAGCAUUCAAAUGUGGAAAGUAAAAAUGCAGCUUUUGUAAAUGUUUCAUUCUGUCUCCAUUUGUUGCUUUUAUUCAUUGCAAGUGCUUGCCCCUUGACUAUUUAGGCGAUGGGAAAAUUGUUCAAAGUUAUCGGGUCACGCGCGUUCUGAAAAUUUAGCAAAGUUUCAUGUGUUAUUUGUUGAUCGAAUCGUAGUGGGUGAAAUUCCCGUUUUCUGGCUAAUCUGCUUGACGGAAACGUCCUUUUCGUCCUGGAAAAGUGCAAUGUAUGCCCGCUACUCUUCACUCAAAGCGCGCGUAAAAACCAUGCAUGGAGAAUUAAUUUCGCAAACGAUCUUAACUGACCAGUGCAAUCAAGGAAGACAUACCAAUUGGUUUUCUUGUCAUAAACCCCUCUGUUUUCCACUCAUUUUGCAUUAAUUAUCUACUUUUCUUUGAAAUGUACUACAUGCAUAAAGAACAGGUUUAUUUGGCUGCGUUAAAGGCUGCAAAUCGCCUUUCCCAGUCAAAUACAAUCCCGGACAAAACUACUUGAGAAAGUUUUCCCCAUCAUGUCCACUUUCCUACGCAACAAAACUAUUUCCAAAACGACGCCUUUGCGGGAAGAAAACCCCUUCCCCCAAUUCAAUGUUGCUUCCCACAAACGCCUAGGGAUCAGGUUUUCUUUUAAAUACACAACAACACUGCUCUCAGGGGAAGGGGGAGAGGGAAGAACAGGUACAGCUACGAUUUUUCGAAAAAUGCUGUCCAAGUACACAAUUUUCUCAACAGUUUUGUCCAAGAUUGUAUCCCUGUGAAAUUCAUGUUGGAAUGAAGGGGUUUUUCCCGUUUUUUAUUCAAUCAGAUUAUUACACAAAAGUUGUCCACAUUUGCGAAAAAAAAAUUGUGAAAAAGUUGUGAGUUUGUGAAAAAGUUUGUGAGUGAAUCUUUACGUAAUCGGGAAACCCCCGGCGCAUCAUUAAUAUGCUUUUUUGAGCAAUGUUCCGCUUCAGAGCAUAAUUGUGUUGAAAACUUUCCUGGUGAUAUUUGACUUCGUAUUGCUGUAGUCGACCCAUAGUCUGUAAGGUUUUGAAUUUUUUUUCCGUUUGGGUUUGGUCUUAAAUAAAACUCACAAUUUCUAUUUUUAAGAUUUUUUUUCUGUAAUUUAGCCUAAUUUUAAAAACGUGCCAUGAGAAUAACUACCAAAUUGUGGAAAACUCACAAUUUCUUUUUUUAAGAUUUUUUUUUCUGUAAUUUUGCCUAAUUUUAUAAACGUACCGUGAGAAUAACCACCAAAUUGUGGAAUGAGUUUGAAUAAAAUUUUUUGAACGGUUUUUCAAGUAUAUAGCAGCAAAUAUACACCUAUUUCAGUUACGGUUGCUCCCAUGAAACAUGAUGCAUGAUCCAUGCUUCAAAGUCUGUGGUGCACUAUGGUAGACCCUUUUGUAGCGGGAAGUUCAGCGCUGUUCACGUUGAUUAGAAGAAUGGACCCCAUUUAAAACUGAAAUUUGUUUGAAAGUGUUAAUAAACAGGGAGAAAGGCAUUUAAGAGAGCUUUCAACUCGACCACUCGGUUGCUACACUUACUACAGCUACUACAGCUAUUACACUUACUACAGAUACUACUGACACUUACUACACUUACUACAGCUACUACACUCUUACUACAGAUACUGCACUUACUACGGAUACUGCACUUACUUCCUUUAGUAGUGAUCAUGACAUGGGUGUGCUCCUGGACAAUAUACGAUGUUUUACAUGAAGUACACACCGGAAUUCAAAAAAAAUGUGUCUGGCUAAACAGGUCCGGAGAGGGCAGCUGCUCCCUUGUCCCCCCGCUAGCUACAGCUCUGCUGUUUUUGUUGUUUUUGCGGUAACAAGUCGGAGGAAACCUUGGCGGGGAAAUUUUGACAUCAUCUUUUUCAAUAACUUCGGUCUUUAUGGGCGAUACAUCACUGCUAUCAAACUGCAGCGUCGACUUAAUUGUGCCUGAAGUUUCCUGACAGUCUGAACUAACUCCAGCGGCAUUCUUCUUACUCUUAGAAAUCAAAAUAUUCAAUUGUUCCGCUUGUUUUUCGGAAAUUAGCUUCAGUAUAAGAUGGCUGGUAACAUUAUUGACCUCUAAAACUUGCUUUUUAAGGCGAGUAGAAUAAGUCGAAUAACUAUUCAGUUUCCCGUUAAAAUAUUCCAUAAACCGCCUAGUUCAGACAUCGGGAUGAGCUUCCAACAAUUCCCCUAAACUUGCAAACCUAUCCAAACUUCUGGGCCUAUCGUUUAUGUCUUCUUUAUUGUUCAUUAAAAAAAAAAUAACGCUUUAUUUUACCACCUGUCUUUCAGAUGAAUUAUGAAGCGAUUUUACUAAGUUGAAGAUUGAUUUUGUCUUGCAUAAUGAGUAAGUAGUAUAGUGAUUUCUGUUCAAUAUCUGUCCAAAAAGUUUUACACAUGCCUCGGAUCGAGACCCACUAAUCAUGAGCAAAGUUCGUGAUACACCAAUCAUCAACAACCACGGUGGGCUUAUUCACGCGCAUAUAUACGCUUAAUGUAUGAAAAGACAAAGGGCCAGUUCCCCUGGGACCUCUACUGGGUAAACAAAACAUACAAGCUACAGAGGUCUAUUCCAUUCCAUAACCUUCUACAUCAUCCCUUCCCAUCACCCCUGCUAUUUCAUUCCAUACUUUUCUUAACCAUCUCAUCCUCUCCUAUCCCAUCUGAUCCCUGUCUGUCCCAUCCCGUUUAUUUAAUCUUAUUCCAUCUCAUCCCAAUGCACUCCAACCCGAGGUACAACCUAUUUCAUCCCAUCUUAUCAUUAUCAUCAUUAUUAUCAUAAUCAUCGUCAUCACCGCCAUCGUCAUCAUCAUCACUAUCACCAUCACCAUCACCAUCAUCAUCAUCAUCACCAUCAUCAUUAUUCUCCUCCUCAUAAUUGACCGAUGUCUUUCUUUGACCAAAGAUGUCAGCUCUGGAAAAGUGAAUUGAGUAUUCCGCAUGAUUGGUGUAAGAGAACUGAAUAAGGGUAGGAGACCAUGAGAGAAGUGGUUGGUGGCUGUGGUAAAAACAUUUCAAGUAAUUAUAGUGAGUCAGAAACUCUAUUUUAUCAUUCUAGCUUAAAAGCUGCGCAAAUAGUAACUUAUGAAACUUUUUCCCCAGGUUUUAGUCUGAUUCAGCAGUUGAAAAUAGUCUUGGAGCAGUACCCGGAUGAUGGACAGAUUCUGAAGGUGAGGCAAAGGUUAUUAAAAUACUCAUUAGCGCCAGCCUGGUAUAUGAAAUAUUACUCAACAUAUCAAUCGUGCCUCCUUCCAAAGAGGUUGAAUUGUGAAACAUUUGGUAGCAGACCACUUUCAUGUCUUGAUGACGUAUCGCCCCGGACCCGGUUGUUCAAACGUUACAUAGCGCUUUUGACCGGAUAAAUCUAUGCAACGGAUAAGUAUUAGGAAAACCAAUUGCACUAUCUAGUGGAUAGAGAUUUAUCCGGUAGAUAGCGUUAUCAACCUUUUGAACAACUGGGGCCAGAUGUUAGAUAAUUUAUAGCGGGGGGCGCAUUGGCCUCUUGUGCAAUAAAAAUGUAAUAUAUAGAUUUAGCCAGGGCUAAAAGCGAAGCUCCCGUUAAUAAAUUCAUAAUUUAAAUCAAACAAUAAACUUGUAAUCCACAGAUCAGGGCACAUUCAUUUGACUUUUGAGGCAAAGGCUGAGUGAUUUUAGAGAAAAAUCAGAAUUUGACCGUCAAGAGUGAAACAAAUUUUACAUCAAGUUAUUUGUACACCGAAAAAUAGCAAUCAUGUUCGAUCACAGUAGAUUAGGCCUGGAAAACAAAUAGAGCUAUUCGUGUAUUGUAUUUGCAUUAGCUGUAGCAUCAUAAUGUGGCAUUCACCAGUCUCUCCAACGUUGCUCCGUUAGAGAGACUAUGGAUAAUUGGACAACCCCGAAAUAUAAUUUUAAGAAACACAUACGCCACGAUAGUCCUUGGUGCCAGCCAAUUUACACGUUGCAUUCCUCUGUCUAAAAAAGAGGCCAACAUAAAAAUCAGGCCGGAUUUUUUGUGUUCGACAAGUUUAGUUUACUAGUAAAUCUUGGCGACGAAUCUGGUGGCGUGUAAACCAGCCUUUUAAACAUACUUUUUCUCAUCACGUCUCAGGUAAAAAGUACACAGACCUCGGACAGAAGUUGUUCUUUUUUGCCCUAUUUAAACCCAUAAUUCUGCAGUUUUUCACAAUUUUGCAAGAGCAUUUGCACUCAUUCAAUAUCCACGACGAUCAAAGCACGCGCUUCCUUUGCUCAGCAAAUUAUAGCAUUGAAUUAUAAAACGUUUUCUGUUAGAAAAAUCUGGUCCUAUUUGAUAUGCGGGGUAAUAAUUAUGGGCUUUUUAUGAAAACGAUAAAAAAAAAUUCCCAAAUUCACUUUUCGGCCAGCCGGACGGGUUCUCACUUUUGACAGGCACCAAAUUUGCAGUGCGAUUAAUAGAGUUACCAUUUACGCUUCAACAUGAUAGAGAAAUUGUUAUGUUUAGGUUUUAUUUCCGUUAAUUCAUUAAACUGUGUAUGAUUUUGUUAUGUGUAAUCUUUAAAAGCGAGUGAUAUUUACGCGCGGCGUUUUGAGUAUUCCUACAUGGGAUGUUCAUGUUCAACUGGAAACAACCAGGGACUACUAACAAUCAAUAAAAUAAAUUUAAUUCAGUGAAACAUGUACAGAGACAAUCACUUUCAUUCACGAAGAGAAGUAUUGAGAGUAAAGUGUCUCCGAAAAUCAUGAGUCAGGCAAGCAUAAGCUUAUUUAUGUUUUAAGCCAGCUUCCCGGUGUUCGCUCUUUUUCAAGAUGAACUCGAGGCACGAAAAUCGCUCAGAGCUUUCUGUUUACAGCCAAAAUCAUAACUAAAUAAUCUUCGGAACCUUUUCUUUGAAUUUGCGGGUCAAAAAAUGUCUAAAGGCUUUUUAAACCUGAUACUAUUGUAGGUUAGAUCAUUGCUCGUGUUUUAACUUAAGCCGCAUAAACCAUACGCUCGACUUCAGGAAACCGAAAAAAAAGAAAAAUCAAAAACAAUAAUGGCUCAAGCUUACCAGUCGAGAUGCUGCUUCUGAAGGUCAUCAAGUGUUCCAGAAUCGCUUGAGACUUUUCAACCUUCUUACGCCUCAAGCAAGGGCAAGUGAGUAAGCUCAUUUUUGGAAACGAUGCCAUCCGAAAUCGGAUUUCCAAUGACUUUGACAAGCGGUGCAUUUGUCAACAAAAAGCACAAUAAACAAACCAGCCACGAAUUACAGAACAAUCUUGAUAGCAGCUGUAUUUCAUUUUGUACACCAAGUAGAAAAAGAUAGUUUAAAACAUCACAAGAUGACACAAAACUCUCUCAGCUCCAGCUAUCAGUAAGCAAGUUUCCAGACGCUGCAAAAAUUUUCCCCGUAAACUCACCUGUCAAAUUUUGACCAAUCAGAACAUAAAAAUUGGACGUAGAGCGUGAUCAACGCGUGACAGUGAGAAAAGUCAAAAGCGAUUGCCUUCCCUGCAUGUAAAUGUAAAAGCCGGUUGAAUUUUCGUGUCCGAGAUCAGUUCGAAAUCAACAUUUUAAAAGUGCCACUCAUGAAACACGACUCAUUUCAUAUGCAUUUUAAAAAAAUUGAACUUGAGCCUACGAUCAUUUGAAAAGUAGCAACUUGUCAAAAUAAGUAGCAACCUUCAAAAUAUUACUCGAACUCAGAGGGUCGAUACCUGAGCCCGCGAUACGGUCAGGCGAUACUGGUCAGCAGAAACACUGUUUUGACACCUGUCAAUUAAUCAAAACAUGGAUGUACAAUAUCAGGUUGCAGGCUCUUAAACUAGCUAGAAAGUGUGAGAUUAAACAUUGGUAUGCCUGUGGUGCGGACGGACGGAGGGUCGGGUGGUCGGUGUACGGUCACGUGAUUGCCGAAUUUUCUAGGAUGGAUAGAUUUUCUAUAAAGCUAUGGGGCUUCGAAUUGAGCCCGUGGUCAAAUAAAAUACCAGCGCAAAACUUUAAACACUACGUGACCUCAAUAGAUAGAAAAAUGAGCCCGCGAUCCACUCAGGCGAUGAUGGUCAUCGUAUACUCUAGUUUGACAGCUGUCAAUUAACCUUCAUUAGAAUGGCGAAUAUUCGAAUUAUCAGACUACGGGUGUGAGUAGGACAUUUCCGUCUGGCAUGUAGUGGAAAAUGCCAGAUCGUGUACCUGAGCGAACCUGAGCCCUCGCUAUUAGUUUUCUGAUAGCGGUCUACACAUGUCCCAUUUUGACAGCUGUCAAUUGACCUUAAUUUGGCCUGCCAAUGUACCUUUAAACGACUCUCAGCCAACUGACAGCCUUGCCCGGCGUAGUUUCGUUUUUAUGUUGAAUUGGUAAGUGUGACAUAUUAUAUCAGCUUAUAUAUAGGGGCAAAACGACUGGUUUUUUAUCUGAGCCCGCGAGACGGUCAUGUGAUAAUUGUCAGCGGAUGUCUGAUUUUGACAGCUGUCAAUCUAAUCGUACUCAUACGGAUGGCUUACAUAACUAAGAGGCUAGUCAAGUUGUGCAAGAUCUAUUGUGACAUUUGACAUCGGCUUACAUGAAGUGUGUGUACGGACGGGCGUACGCUACGUCAUAACCAAAUUUUCUGGGAUGGAUAGUUUACCAAAUUUUCUUACCCAUGGUGCUCCGCUGCGCGCGCGCUUCGCGCGCGCGGGAGCUCCGCUAUCAAGCCUUUGUUUCUUUUCCCUAUUCUCAAAAAAAUAAAUAAAUAAAAACGCUUGAUGGCAGUCUGUAAAGGUAUAUAGAGGAUAAUAAUACAUGGCCGCGCGGAGAUACAAAAUUUAUCUUCGAGUGUUGAAAAAUAUUUCACGAGUGGGCGCAGCGAACGAGUGAAACAUUUUUUCAACACUAGAAGAGAAAUUUCGUAUCUCCAAGCGGCCAUGUAAUGUUCUAUUUAUUAUAUAAACAUCGGCUCCUGAUAAACACCAAUGAACUACCAAACGAUUUCACUUCAUAGUUUUUUUGAUGUGAAAGGCCCGAUCUAUUAAGUAGCCUUAGCAACGGUGAUAUUUUGACAGGUGAAGAUAUCAAGUUUUCGUGCGAAAGCUCACUGGGUAUUUCAUUGGUGUUUAUAUAAUAAUUAAAAAUAUCUAAUGAAUACUUAGCUGGGUUUAUUUGUAUCAGGAGCUCAUUCAAAAUGCAGAAGAUGCUGGUGCAAGUCAAGUUAAAUUUCUUCAUGACCGUCACAGCUAUGGAAAAGAAAAACUACACAGCAAGGAACUCGCUAAGUUUCAGGUCAGCCUACACUGUCUACUACCUAUCUACUUAUUUAUCAGUUGGUAUUAAUCUGCAACAGUUUUUAAGAGCCCUGGCCCAAUUUUACAACUUUAUUUAAGACCCAACGACGUCAUAUCGGGGAAAACUACUAAGGGAAAAGAAAAACUCAAAAAAAAUUUUUUGAGUGCAGUUUAUGUGCUUAUUUCACGACUAAAUAAGCGAAAAUGUGUUACUCACGACUACCCGCGAGUAGCUUCAAAGAGUAAGCUCUGUUAUGGGAAGAAAUAACAGCUCGAUCCGUGUAGUUUUCGAAGAAAUGGGAGUUAUUUGGUCAAAGUGUAGGUUCCGAAUUGAAAUGUAAAUUAUCAUUCCUUUUGCUUUUUAAGUUUCUACUGCUUGAAAACAUGGUGCAGCAAAACUUACAACUCUAUUGCUCUCUCAAUUACAAAACUGUUGCUCUUUUUAAAUCAGCUAUCUAACUGUAAACGCAAUAUUCUUAACAGGGACCCGCACUUUAUGCUUACAAUAACGCCGAGUUUAAGCACAGGGACUGGGAAGGUAUCAGAAUGCUUUUCGAGAGCGAAAAGGUCAAAGAUCUAGUACAAAAGGAUUGUUUUGGUCUGGCGUUCAAGUCGGUGUUCCAUGUUACAGGUAAGAACGCGCGUUCACUGAGGCGGUUAUUUAUUUCUUUCUCUUAACCGCAAAAUUAGCCACCAAGAGACCCUAAAAAACGUGCAUUAACUUCAAUUUAUACACCAAUACAUUCUAAAAAGGAAAAGUCAGAAGCUAUAAUUUAAGAAUAAUGCAAGAAUGUUUUUAGCCUAAAAUCGGCAGAACAAUAAGAAUAUUCAGCCUGGGCAGGAAAAACAACAUUCUCUUUAAAAGAAAGAGUGUACUACCUUUUUUCAAUACACUAGUAGUUCAUCCAAUGUGAAUGACAACAGCGUGUGAUAUUAAAAUAGGUUCACUUUGUUAAUGUUGUGCUUGCUCAAGUAACAAUACUUCAUCUCUAGUUGAUUCUCAUAUGGCAUUCUUACUUAACCACAGAUCUACCAAGCAUCAUGAGCACCUCGCAGAUCGGCAUAAUUGAUCCACACGAGAAAUGCUUUGGAGAAAGACGUACAGGAUACAGCUGGGACACAAGAGAUGACAGUGAUAUCAUGAACACCAUACCAGACCAGUUUGCUCCUUACAGGGGAGUAUUUGACGACCCAGAGGACAUUUUCACCACCGGCUUAUACAAGGGUACUCUUUUCCGCUUUCCACUACGAACUGAGCCGUCUAAGUUAUCAGAGACUUUGUAUUCUGCCGAAAAAACUAACGAUUUGUUCAAUAGCUUCAUGGCUGAUGCCCACUUGGUUCUACUGUUUAUGCAGCAUCUUGAAAGUAUUGAACUGUACGCUCGUGAAGAGUUGGAAAGGGAACCCAGAAGAAUGUUUCAAGUCAGAAUAUCCGAAGAAAGCCUUCCGUUGGUAAGAGAAAAGAGAAAGGAGUUUCAAGAAGCAAUCCCUAGCGGUCAGCUUUUACCCCACUCAGUCCAAGUCACUUAUCCAAUUACGAUUGAGACAGUACAAUAUCACCAAGGGGUAGAAGCAGGCAAAUACAGUCAUUCGUACCUUGUAACCAAUUACGUUUGUGGCGGAGAUUUAUCGUCUGAAUUUCAAGCGCUUGUUGUGGAUCCAAGUCUCAGCUACCUCCCAAAAGUUGGCGUUGCCAUGGCACUGCCCUCAAGUCCCCAGGAUUCCGUCCCAGAAAUUCAAGGUCACGUGUUUUGUGUCUUGCCGUUACCGGCGCAAAAGACCAGUUUGACAGGUUUGGCGGUUCAUGUGAAUGGCUUCUUUGCCCUGACUCAGAAUAGAGGUCAAAUCAAGUUUCCCACCGCAGAACAGGAAGGUCAACCUUUAACUGACAAAUCCUUAAAAUGGAAUCAGUGUCUUUUAGAGGAGGCCAUACCCCAAGCCUAUGCCACGAUGAUUUUAGAAGCCAUCAACGCCAAGAGCUUCAAAGUGCAGGCAGCGGCCGUUUACCAGUAAGUGAUAACUGUAAGAAACUGUAAAGCCAGGUGUCAAUUAAUUUUAAUAAAACUUUCACAAGUGUAAUUUUCAAGUGGAGCUAUUGUUUUGAUGUCUGAAAACAAUAGUUACACUUGUGAAUGACGCUUGUAAAAAUUUUAUUAAAUUGACUCAAUGUAAUAAAUCUCAUCCAUGAAACAGUAUUCUACUUAAAUUGGAAAACCAAUAGCUGCCUUACCUCUAAGAAUCACUAAAGCUAAGGCUUUCAUAUUAUCGCUGCAAUUGUUAAAAUAGACUAGCUAUUUUAACGAUUGUCGAAGAGUUUUGUCCAUACAGUCGAACCUCCACUAACGCCAUCUCUCCACAACGGCCACUUUCUUUUGUCCCGGCGGGGAGUCCAAACAUUGACUCUAUUUUAUACCUCUCUACAACGCAACGGCCACCAACGCCUGUCACUAACUGCUAAAUAACCUCUCGACAAGUCAGCGACUGAUUAAAAAGUCAAGAAUGGUCAUAAAAUUUGAUCCGUAUGGCACGUCGUGGUGGGCAAUUGUAUUUUGAUUUUGUUUCAUGUAUACUGUUGCAGUAAGCAUAAUUUGUGUACGAUACUUAUUGCGAAUGUUUUUGUGUAUCUUAUCUCUCUAUAUUAUUUAUGACUGUAUUACCAUUAUGGGACUCAGUAACCAUGACAUUAGCACAAUAACCACGUUAUACUCUUCCAAAAAAAUUUUCAUAUUAUACCCUUACCUCCCCAUAACGGCUGCCUCCCCACAACGGACACCUUCUUCUGCCCCAAAGGUGGCCUUUGUGGAGAGGUUCGACUGUAUAUUUGCUAUGUUCUCUGGACAUAUUUCUCUGAGUUCCUAGUCAUCAUAGGACACCAGCAGCCUUAAGGAGACAAACCGUAGCGAUAUUUCAUUAUGCGGCCUCCAACGAAAUUUUAUUGGCCUUUGUCAUUGCACCCAUUACCUUAACGGCUUUAAUUUUUCAUUUUUAACGAUGAUGAUUCAUUUACUUUGUUAAAGAGCGUGGCCAGAUUUCAUACGAGUCAACCAGAAAUGGAAGAGCGUUGUAGAACCAUUGUUUCAGAUCCUGAAAGACAAGGAAAUUGUCUACACCAAAGUCAAUGGGGGAAAAUGGCUUCUUGUUGAAAAUGCAAUUUUCAACCAGGUACCUGAAAAACAUCUUAAAGAGCUACUUGAAAGUGUCUUGCUUGCAGCAAAUGUUCCAGUUGUCUCUGUACAAAGCUACGUUAUAGAUGCCAUCAGCUCUUUUGCCGACGCUAAGGAUAUCAAGAAUAUCACAGCUAGCGUCAUGAGAAAAGAGAUGAGAAACGCUUCAGCUUGUUAUAAAAACCUUAUGAGGCAUGAAAAACUGCAGCUUCUUCAGUUCUGUUUACAAGAUCACCAAUAUGAAGACCUUUGUGGCCUGGAGCUUUUGCCUCUCUCCAAUGACACAUUUACCACCUUUUCAGCCCUUGCCCAUGAAAUCUACAUAAGCUCGCCUGAGCAUUCUCAAGAUCUUCUACCUGGCCUAGAGCACCGCUUCUUAGAUGGAACGGUGGAUUCAGAAAUCCGUCAAAAGCUGAAUUGCGCAGCCAGACAAGGUCAGUCA